AUGACCGGGACCCCUUCAGUUGAUAGCCUUGCCGUUCUUGCCGUCCUAUCCGUUUCUUUUGUUGUCAUUACUAUCCUCAGGCGGUUCGUUGGGAACAGACAACAUAAACCUCCUCUUCCUCCUGGUCCAGUGCCGCUUCCAUUGUUGGGGAAUGUCUUAUCUAUCAACACAAAGCGACCUUGGUUAACCUAUACUGAAUGGCAUGCUAUCUAUGGAGACUUGUUUUUCGUGCGAAUUCUAGACCAGAAAGUGGUUGUCAUCAAUUCUCAGCGUGUUGCACGCGCCUUGCUGCACAACCGUUCCCGAAUCUACUCCGAUCGACCCUAUUUAGCCACAGUUGAACCAUUUGGCUGGAUGUUUAACUUUUUAUUCGCAGGUUAUAAUGAUGCAUGGCGUCUUAGCCGACGACUCUUCCACCAAACCUUCCAUGCCGAAUCUGCACUCAAGUUCCGCCCAAUGCAGAUCAGGCGGGCUCGUGAGAUGAUCGUCAACCUAAUUUCCGAUCCUCAACAUUAUGAUUCCCACUUUGCAACAUUUUCGUCUUCUGUUGUGAUAUCAGCUGUAUAUGGCUACGAGUCCAGUGCUCAAGAUGAUCCUUUGGUUGGACUCUUCGCACAUUCAAUGCAACUUGGCAUUCCCUGGUUGACUCCAGAGAGGGCAAUCGUGAUCAAAACUUUCCCCUUCUUACUGAAGUUGCCUGACUGGUGCCCAGGAUCCUCGAUCAAACGUGAUGCUCAGAUUUCGACCAAUAGCAUCAAUGAAAUGGUGGAUGUGCCGUUUCAAUAUGUGCAGCGUCGUAUGGCUGACAACUUACUCCUGGACACAUCUUCAAUGGUGGCCGAAAAUUUGCAAAGGGUAGAGAAGCAAGACAAGGCGUUCAAAUCAAUGUUUGAGACCGCCUUGAAAAACACAGCUGCCACUGCUGUUGGAGGUGGAUAUGAGACUACUACCGGGAUGUUGAUGGUCUUUGUUCUUGCCAUGGUGCUAUAUCCAGAUGUCCAGAAACGCGCACAAGCGGAGAUCGACUUGGUCAUUGGAAGAGAUCGGUUGCCUGCGUUUGAGGACAAGAAAUCACUACCCUAUGUCGAUGCAGUUGUGCGGGAGACUUACCGGUGGAUGCCGAUUGCACCACUUGGAAUCCCACAUGCUACCUCGAGUGAAGAUACAUAUGAUGGUCACUACAUCCCAAAAGGAGCGAUCGUCAUGUGCAACUUAUGGUUAGAUACAUCCUGCUCACUCAGCCUUCAACGAAAUAUCACAAAACCUAAUCUUAGGGCCAUUUCACAUGAUGAAAAGCGGUAUCCCGAUGCAUGUCAUUUUAUUCCAGAGAGAUUCAUCGACAUUAACGGCGCGCUGACGGACGAUGACCCUGUGCAAUAUAUUUUUGGCCUAGGCCGGCGUAUAUGCCCAGGCAGAUACAUUGCUGACGCCUCUGUGUGGUCUGCCAUUGUGACAAUGUUGUCCACGGUGGAUAUUUCUUCCGCCAAAGAUGACCAGGGCAAAGCAAUCGAUUUCACCCCCGAGUUCGCGACGGGUAUCACUUAGUACUUCAUUUCCUAUUAUUCUAUCCUCUCGUUACUGAUAUGAUUGUUUAGUCACCCUAAGACUUUCCCUUGUAGUAUUUCAGCUCGUCCUCAUGUUCAAUUGGUGGAACUUCUGGAUAUGUUGCAAACCACCACAUAGUACAUAGAUAUCUGCAGAGUUUGAAAAGAAGAAACCAUUGUGUAUUUUAACUCGCGAUGCUGAAAUCAAUGGC